AUGGCAACUACCCCAUUGGCGUACCUGCGAUCUCAUUCACCGGUAGUGAGUGUACCACCAAAGUUGCUGGCAGCCAAACGUGACUCCCUCUUCCUCUGCGAGAGCGACUUUCCUCUAGAGCAGCCCGGGGAGGAAGCAGUAUCCGGAGUGAUAUUUUCUUCCGUCGAUGCUUCAGAGAAGUGUGUAGAGAACUUAGAGAAGGCAACUCUACCACAGACGCCCACAUUGCCCUUUCCGAUGGAUGAAUUGGAGCCUCGGGCGCCGAUAGUUGGCGCCACCGAACCUACUGCUGUCGUGGGUGCUGUCACCAUAACGGAGGUUGUGCCGUUGAGGGUGGCGCCAGCUUCACUACCCCUUCAGUCGGACUACUUACGGAGUGGCGGUGGAAGUACUUUCUCAGAGGAAAGUUGGAGCUCAUCGCCUUCGAAACCAGGUGCCAGUUCCUCUGGUGGAGGAUGGCAUAGAGCGCCUGCCUCGACGAAGACUAGGAGAGCGCGGAAGCGUGCCACUGCGAGGGAGAGGGAGCAGAAGCAGAGGGCAGAGGAGAGGAAGAAGCCAUCGACGUUACAGCCAUCGACAACGGCAAGACGUCGUCGUCAUUGCAAUAGGAAGUUAACUGGUCUUGAAAAUGAGGUCGGGAGUUGUGGAGGGGUGAAUCCGUUGCCGUCUCCUCGCCUGUCGACACCACCUAAGCUGCUGAAUCGCUGCCUUUCUGACGAGGAGGGGGACGAUGCUGACGGGUGGGCUGCUGAGAUCGACCGUGAUUCAUCCUAUUAG